AUUGGAUUGGAACGUAGCCGGGUCACCUUUGCUUGCUUUCUUGUCAAAAAGCGAGGUCCCUCUUGUUGCCAAGCCUUGUCCUUCUAUUUCCGCAUCUUUCUUUUCAUUCAGAUCUAAAAUCCCAUUCCAUAGUAUGCCACAGUAGUCCAAGAACACCAUCUCUGGAUACUGCAAGACUGUGGGCAUAUACCGAGAGCAAAGCCGAUAUGGGGUUCCAAGAAAAUGGGAACGGCGAAAUGGUGUUGUCUGGAAUCCCGCUGGGAGCAAAGAACAAAUACAAGAGGAUGCACCCCGAGCUUCCUGAGGACUCCGAUGAUGUUUUGCACCAACAAUAUCAACAAGAUAGGAGGAAUAGUACCAGGAAAUAUGUUUUUGCCUGUGCUGUCUUUGCUUCCCUCAACAAUGUCCUUCUGGGCUAUGAUGUAGGUGUCAUGAGUGGAGCAAUUAUAUUUAUCAAAGAAGAUCUGAAGAUAUCUGAGGUGAAAGUAGAAUUUCUGGUCGGUAUUCUGAGCAUUGUUUCUCUUCUGGGUAGUCUAGGUGGUGGAAGAACAUCCGAUAUUAUUGGUAGAAAAUGGACGAUGGCCUUAGCUGCUAUUGUCUUUCAAACUGGCGCACUUAUUAUGACUCUCGCUCCUUCCUUUCCAAUUCUUAUGGUAGGAAGACUUUUUGCCGGAAUUGGAAUAGGUUUUGGAGUCAUGAUAUCGCCAAUAUAUAUUGCUGAGAUAUCACCAAACGUCACAAGAGGCACUAUGACUAGCUUCCCUGAGAUUUUUAUAAACAUUGGAAUUUUGCUUGGCUAUGUGUCAAAUUAUACGUUUGCUGGCUUUUCACCACACAUAAAUUGGAGGAUAAUGCUUGCUGUGGGAAUACUUCCCUCAGUCUUCAUUGGCUUUGCUCUUUUUGUCAUCCCUGAGUCACCAAGGUGGUUGGUGAUGAAGAACCGAAUUGAAGAAGCCAGAGAAGUGCUGUUGAAUACAAAUGAAGAUGAGAAAGAAGUGGAGGAGAGACUUGCAGAAAUACAGCAGGCUGCUGAAUUUGCUAAUUCUGAUAAGGAGAAACCUGUGUGGCGUGAACUACUAUCUCCCUCUCCUCCCCUUCGUCGGAUGCUCAUGACCGGGUUUGGGAUUCAGUGUUUUCAACAAAUAUCAGGAAUAGAUGCAACUGUGUACUACAGUCCUGAAAUCUUCAAAGCAGCUGGGAUUGAGGAUAAUUCAAAACUCCUAGCAGCUACUGUUGCUGUAGGUAUAACAAAGACCAUUUUUAUAUUGGUAGCCAUCAUUCUUAUUGACAAACUUGGAAGGAAGCCCUUGCUCUAUAUUAGCACAAUUGGGAUGACAGUAUGCUUGUUCAUCAUAGGUGCAAGUUUUUCUUUCUUCGGACAAGGUUCAUUUGUGGUUGUGAUGGCAAUUCUUUUUGUCUGUGGGAAUGUAGCUUUCUUUUCUAUUGGAUUAGGACCUGUUUGCUGGGUCGUGUCAUCUGAGAUCUUCCCUCUAAGAGUACGUGCUCAAGCAUCAGCACUUGGUGCUGUGGGUAAUAGGGUCUGCAGUGGCAUUGUAGCCAUGUCUUUCCUGUCUAUUGCUGAUGCAAUUACUUUUGGCGGAACAUUCUUUCUGUUUGCUGCUAUUUCUGUUCUUUCUGUUGUCUUUGUCCACAAACUGGUCCCUGAGACAAAAGGAAAGUCAUUGGAGCAAAUAGAGUUGCUAUUUCAGAAGGAAUAUGAGGGGCAACGGAGUGAAAUGGAGCUAGGAGAUGUUGAACAGCUCGUGCAGAACAAAACUGGUUCAACAAAUUAACAAUUUUUUUUGCUGCAAUUAUAUUUUCCACAUGACAUGGCCCUGUGAUUGGCUUGAAAGAAGAUGUGAUAUCGUUGCAUGUUAUAUAUCUUAGCAACUUACAUGUGCAAUUCCUCGGAGAACUUUGCUGGAUGGAUGAUCAUCUGCAGACUAGUAUAUUGAGUUCAUAAAGGAUAAAAGGGAACAAGAAAAAUGAGCAACAAAUUGCUAUCUUUAUACAUACUCAAACCUUUCCUAGUUGCAAAGUUACUUUAAUUUCUUUAAUUUACAUUUAUACUGUAAUCGCUGUAUAUGUAUCUGGCUUUAGGCAGAUAUGUGAGAUGUUCUGUGACAGAUUAUAGCAAAAUAAUUUGUACGUACUACAUUAAAGGAUGAACUGAAUAUUGAAAUUCUUUGUAAGAUUAGUACUGAUAUAUCAGCUUCUGCUCCACAUUUUUGCUUUGGAUCUGCA